AUGGAUACUGCGCUCCCAUGGCAGGAACACACGCCGGGUUACAACUUCUUCACGUACGUCGCUCUCCAUGACGGGGAACACGGGAGUACUCCAGCAGACCAGACGGAUCAGUCAAAGGUCGCGGUAACAAACGCUGCGUGGGACUUGAUGAAGGCGAUCAAGAAGAACAUACGGGCCGAGCUGGUGGCGGAAGCCGCCGCCUCAGAGGUCGGAAUAGAGUCAGCUGCAGCGACCGAUUCUUAUGUGACCGGCGAGGCCAGUCAAAACUCAGUCUUGACGUCUGCAUUGUUCUUCGGGGUCGGGGCCGCGGCGCUACUGGGAACCGCGCAUUGGAUUUCCUCGAAGACCGGAGAGAAGAGUUGGGCUUGA